AUGUAUAAACUAAAAUUGAAAAUAUUGUCUCAAAAUAUGAAAAAGUAUAAUUAGAACAAAUUUUAAUUUUAAAUAUUAUAAUUACUUUUAAAAAUGAUGAUCCUUCUAAACUAGUUAAUUUAAAAUCUAAAAUAAUAGAAAAACAUGAAAAAACUCAAUCAAUCCCAUUUUCUAAAAACAUAUAAUGAUUCCUUAUUUUCAAGUAUUCCUCUUAUAAAAUGAUUUCAUUAGGUUCUUUAAUUUAAGAAAAAAGCGAAAAUGCUUGGUUUAAAAUACCAAGGGAUUUAUAAGAAAAACCUGAUAAUAUUGAAAAUUUUGUUAAAGAUCAAGUAAAAUAUUAUUUGAUACAAGUUGAAGAAGUAACAUAACCAUUGUAAUAAUUAUAUGUUAUUAAUUUGAAAAAAAUUUUUAGUUAUUAUUUACACUUUGUAGAAAAUAUGUAUUAUGAAUAGCUUUUCCAAAUGACAUAAAAGACUAAUAAUGAUUUCUAAAUGUAUAAAUUUUGUAACUAAAAUUGUUGA